AUGACAGGUUCUGGUUCUCCUUGUGGAGCCUGCAAAUUCUUGAGAAGAAAAUGUGUUAGUGGUUGUAUAUUUGCACCUUAUUUCUGCCAUGAACAGGGAGCGACCCAUUUUGCAGCUAUUCAUAAGGUUUUCGGUGCAAGCAAUGUGUCAAAGCUACUGUCUCACCUGCCGGUGACUGACCGUUGCGAAGCGGCGGUCACGAUCUCUUAUGAAGCUCAGGCGAGACUUCAAGAUCCGAUCUAUGGCUGUGUUUCUCAUAUUUUUGCUCUUCAGCAACAGGUUGUUAACCUACAAGCACAAUUAGCUUCUCUCAAGGAGUUACAAGGAGCUCAAAGCUUUACCAAUGCCUCUGGAACAGUAAACCCUAAUGGAAAAUUCUGCGGAAAAGUUCUUUCUCAGCAUCCUCGGCAAGAUUUCCACGGUUGGCUUGAUUUACAAAGUUCAAACACAACGCCCCAGUUCACAUCAAACUUGAGCCAUGAAAAUAGGGUUGUGAAUCCAAGCCCUGUGGGGAAUAAUUACGCCGAAUAUUCACUAAUCCCGGACGAGAAUGUCUCGUAUGGCAGCUUUGAAGAGGCCAAUUCCUUUUCCAUGUCUUCUCUUGAGAUUCAACCAAACAACAGGCAAUUAUGGGCUUUCCAUGAUUCCGAUGAGCUUCAAUCAAUGGCUUUUGGCUAUCUUUAG